AUGCCCGGGCGGAAUCCCAAUCACUCGGAGCCGGGUGUCGGCUGGAUGAGCCUUUCUAUCACACAUGCCAAGGGGAUCCCUGCACGCUUGGAUGUUCAAAAUGAGUCGGGGAUCGAUCGACAGUUCGGUGUCAAGCUGCCGGGUCCCGUUCGUGCCGUAUCUCGCAUGGCAUGGCUCAAGCUUUGA